AUGCUCCCACGCUCCAGAGGCCUCCUACUGAGGGCUUCGAAAACACUAACAAAGCACCCAUACCGUUCAGUUCAGGCGGCCACGAGGCUAAAUAGCGUCAAUUCGGUGGCAUUCCGUCGUGACAUCCAUACUGCCUCGCCGCUUGGCUUCAAAUCCUCCCUGAUCCGCCAAAACGAAAUACCUUUUGAAAAACUCUCAGAUGAAGACAAAGCAACCCUUACAGAAGAAAGAGCCACCGACAACGUGGACGUAUGCAUUGUGGGCGCCGGGCCUGCUGGUCUAGCGGCUGCCAUCAAGCUCAAGCAGCUCGAUAACGAAGAAGGAUCAGGCGAGAUGCGUGUGGUUGUUCUAGAAAAAGCACCCGACUUUGGCUCCCAUAUUGUUUCUGGAGCUGUUCUUGAACCUCGUGCUCUCAAAGAGCUCUUUCCAGAAAGCGAGUUUCUCGAGGAUCUGGGCAUCCCCUUGCCGCCCGACCUUGUUACCAAAGUGCAGCAUGACGAUAUGCGGUUCUUGACUCAAGAGUACGCCUACCCUUUACCAGAACCACCACAGAUGAGAAACCACGGGAAAAACUACAUUGUGCUGUUGAGCCAGGUGGUGCAGUACCUUGCAGAGCAGGCCGAGGAGCUCGGCGUGGAGCUUUUCCCGGGCAUUUCUGUGUCUGAGCUUGUAUAUACUGACGGAGGAGCUGUCAAGGGUGUGGCUACUAAAGAUGUUGGAAUUGGCAAGGACGGAGCGCCUCUUGGGUCGUUUGAAAGAGGUAUGGAGUUCCACGCCAGACAGACCGUUUUGGCCGAAGGGUGCCAUGGUUCUCUUACCAAGAAGGCAGUGAACAAGUACAAUCUCAGAAAGGACAGUGAUCCUCAGACAUACGGCAUUGGCAUCAAGGAGGUGUGGCGAGUUAAUGACGAGAAGUUCCAGGAGGGGUUUGUGGGCCACAGUUUGGGAUUCCCGUUGCCUCUGGACGUUUACGGUGGAGGAUUCAUGUACCACUUUGGCGAUGGACUUGUUUCAGUGGGACUUGUGGUUGGUCUUGACUACGCCAACCCUUACAUCUCGCCGUACCAGGAGUUCCAAAAAAUGAAAACCCACCCUUACUACGCCGAUGUGCUUGAAGGCGGAGAGUGUGUUUCCUACGGAGCUCGUGCGCUUAAUGAAGGUGGACUUCAGUCUAUUCCAAAGCUCCAUUUCCCCGGCGGAGUCUUGAUCGGCUGUUCUGCUGGUUUCAUGAACGUGCCCAAAAUCAAGGGCACCCACACGGCCAUGAAGCUGGGUCUUGUCGCUGCAGAAAGCAUUUUCGAGGCUGUCAAGGAACUCGAUCCAGUGGACGAGGAAACCGACUUUGAGGAGGCCCUUGAUCUUCGCCAGUACGAGGAAAGCCUCAAGCAGUCGUGGGUCUACGAGGAGCUCCACGAAAUCAGAAACGUCAGACCGUCGUUCAACGGUCCACUCGGCUUUUUGGGCGGUUUGGCCCAUUCUGGCUUCACCACCAUGUUCUCCAAAGGAAAAGAGCCCUGGACAUUGUCUCAUAAGCACACGGACGCCGAGGCGACACAGCCAGCAUCGAACUUCUCUCCGAUCGAGUACCCCAAACCGGACGGAAAGCUCACUUUUGACAUUUUGACCUCCGUCUCCAGAACAGGCACCUACCACCAGGAAGAGGAGCCCAGCCACUUGAGAAUCCCACAGCAAAACCACAGAAAACAUGCUGAGAUUUCCUGGCCCAAGUUCAAAGGCGUGGAGCAGCGUUUCUGUCCUGCUGGUGUGUACGAGUACAUUGAGGACGAGGAGGAGCCUUUGGGCGUGAAGUUCAACAUCAACUCGCAGAAUUGCAUCCACUGCAAGACGUGUGAUAUCAAAGUGCCUGCCCAGGAUAUCGACUGGGAGGUUCCCGAGGGCGGCGAUGGGCCCAAGUACUACAUGACGUGA